AUGAUCUCCAUCUAUCAAACUCUUCACCGCGAGCCUCAAGGAAACAACAAAGACAGACUGCGCAUGUUUGAAUUCACUUCCAUUGGUAUGUUCAUCUGGGAACCCGUUGCGUCCUACAUCUGGCCCUGGCUCAACGGCAUCUCGAUCCCGUGUCUCGCUUCGAUGAAGGCAGAGCCGUCAACCAGGAAAGUACUAAUGACCAUCUUUGGCGGAAUAUCCUCCAACGAAGGCCAAGGGAUCCUCAAUUUCUCUCUGGAUUGGCAGUACAUUACGUCGCGUUACAUGUCCCUUCCGCUUCUGCAACAAGCCAACUCUUGGGCGGGCAUAGUUCUUUCUUACAUCAUGUGUUUUAGUCUCUACUACGGCGGAGCUUGGGGCGCGAAGAAACUUCCUUUUAUGUCAACUGCCAUGUUCGAUGGCAAGACUGGAAAGGUGUACAAUCAAACUGCCGUCUUUGGCCAGAACGCGGUUUUGGACACCGAAGCGCUGGAGGUACAUGGCCUCCCACGGCUAACAGCAUCCAACGUUUGGGCGAAUGUGGCAGCCAUGGCAGCCAUCGGCGCGCUGCUCACCCACAUCUCGCUCUUCUAUGGGCCUCUUAUCAAGAAGUCACUGAAGCAAGCCUGGAAGAAGGAGGAGACAGAUCCUCACUUUAAGAUCAUGAAGGAGAAGUAUAAAGAUGUUCCAAUGUGGUGGUAUAUCGCUAUUCUUCUCAUUGGCUUCUUCAGCGGUCUCGGUGCAGUGAUCAAGGGCCAUACCACGCUCGACGCGUGGGCUUACGUCUGCGCCAUUGUGAGCUCGCCUACACGUGAAAUGUGA